GGCUGGGCGGGGGAGAAGCGGUGGGAAGUGUGAGUUCCUCCCCGUCUGCCUGACAGCUAUAAAGGCAGCUGCGGCCACAGAGCAGCCACUGGGCUGAGCGCCCCUCCUGGGAACCCCCUCCCUUGAAUGCUCUUUGAAGUGGGAGAGGGAGGCAGCUGGGGAAGCAGGACAAGAGACAGGCAGAGCCCGCACAUCUCUGCCCUCAUCUUCCUGCACGGUGCACCUGGCAGCUAGCUCUCACCCCUUUCUCUGAGAGGACAACCUACUGACCCUGGGUGAGGAUGGACGGCAGAUGGCAACAUUCACACUGGGCUUGGUCUUUGCUGGCCAUGGCUGUCGUGGCUGGGGGUACAGCAUCUACCCAGGCCUUGGACAACAGCCCCACAUCCAACAGCCUGGAGGGGGGUGCUGAUGCCACUGCCUACUGGUGGGGGGAGUGGACCAAGUGGACAGCAUGCUCACGAAGCUGUGGGGGCGGAGUGACUUCCCAAGAACGCCACUGUCUACAACAGAGGAGGAAGUCUGUUCCAGGAGCAGGGAACAGGACCUGUGUGGGCACGUCCAAACGGUACCAGCUCUGCAGAGUGCAGGACUGUCCACCGGAUGGGAGGAGCUUCCGUGAAGAGCAGUGUGUCUCCUUCAACUCCCGAGUGUAUGAUGGCCGGGCAUACCAAUGGAAACCUCUCUACCCCGAUGACUACGUCCACAUCUCCAGUAAGCCAUGCGAUCUGCACUGCACCACUGUGGAUGGCCAGCGGCAGCUCAUGGUGCCCGCCCGUGAUGGCACUUCCUGCAAGCUCACCGACCUGAGAGGGGUUUGCGUGUCUGGAAAAUGUGAGCCCAUUGGCUGUGACGGGGUGCUCUUCUCCACCCAUACACUGGACAAGUGCGGUGUCUGCCAGGGAGACGGGAGCAGCUGCACCCAUGUGACAGGCAACUACCGGAAGGGCAACAAUCAUCUUGGUUACUCUUUGGUGACCCAUAUCCCAGCUGGUGCUCGAGACAUCCAGAUUGUAGAGAGGAAGAAGUCAGCAGACGUGCUGGCUCUUGCAGAUGAAGCUGGCUUCUACUUCUUCAAUGGCAACUACAAGGUGGACAGCCCCAAGAAUUUCAACAUUGCUGGUACAGUGGUCAAGUACCGCCGGCCCAUGGAUGUCUAUGAGACUGGCAUUGAGUACAUUGUGGCACAGGGACCCACCAACCAGGGCCUGAAUGUCAUGGUGUGGAACCAGAAUGGCAAAAACCCCUCCAUCACCUUCGAGUACACGUUGCUGCAGCCACCACACAUGCACCACCUACAGCCUGUCUAUUAUAGCUUCUCCGAGCCAGCCUCCGAGAGCACAGAGAGCACCGAGGGCCAGGAGCUGGACAGUGCCAGGCUGCUGGGCUUCAUGCAGCAUAAUGGCUCACUCUACCACCAGGCCUCCUCAGAGAGGUUGGGCCUGAAUAACAAGCUGUUUCAGCCUCCAGCCCCUGAAGUAGAGCUGGGUCCAAGCAGAGGCCAGGAGACCAACGAGGUGUGCGAGCAAGCCAGCGGUGGGGUCUGUGAGGGACCUCCCAGGGGCAAGGGCUUCCAAGACCACAAUGCCACUCUCUCAGGGGACAAGGGUGACCAGGAGGUCGAUGCACGUUUCACCUCCCAGGAGCUUCUCUCAGCCAACGCCAUCUCCGAUCAGCUUUUGGGCAUAGGCUCCGAUUCGGAAGAGUUUUCUCUUAAUGAGACCAUGAACAGCAUCUUUUCCCAGGGAGCCCCAAGGAACUCCCCAGCCGAGAGCCUCUAUGUGGAUUAUGAGGAGAACGAGGGGCCUGCUGCCUACUUGAUCAAUGGAUCUUACCUGGAGCUGAGCAGUGACAGGAUCAACACCUCCUCUGAGGCCCCAUUCCCCAACACCAGUGCUAGCCUCCCCACCUUGGCUGGGAACAGAACUCACAAGGCUAGGACAAGACCCAAGGCGCGCAAACAAGGUGUGAGCCCAGCUGACAUGUACAGGUGGAAGCUAUCAUCCCAUGAGCCCUGCAGUGCCACAUGCACCACAGGAGUCAUGUCCACAUAUGCCAUGUGUGUUCGCUAUGAUGGUGUUGAGGUGGAUGACAGCUACUGCGAUGCCCUGACUCGUCCUGAGCCUGUCCACGAAUUCUGCGCUGGGAGGGAGUGCCAGCCCAGGUGGGAGACCAGCAGCUGGAGCGAGUGCUCACGCACCUGUGGUGAGGGCCAUCAGUUCCGCAUCGUGCGCUGCUGGAAGAUGCUGUCCCCUGGCUUUGACAGCUCCGUGUACAGUGACUUGUGUGAGGCCACAGAGGCUGUACGGCCCGAGGAGCGCAAGAUAUGCCGCAACCCGGCCUGUGGGCCACAGUGGGAGAUGUCUGAGUGGUCGGAGUGUACAGCCAAGUGUGGAGAGCGCAGUGUUGUGACCAGAGACAUCCGCUGCUCUGAGGACGAGAAGCUAUGUGAUCCCAGCACCAGGCCUGUGGGAGAGAAGAAUUGCACAGGGCCUCCCUGUGACCGCCAGUGGACUGUCUCAGAUUGGGGACCGUGCAGUGGAAGCUGUGGGCAGGGCCGUACCAUCAGGCACGUGUACUGUAAGACCAGUGAUGGACGGGUAGUCCCAGAGUCUCAGUGUCAGAUGGAGACAAAGCCUCUGGCCAUCCAUCCCUGUGGGGACAAGAACUGCCCAGCCCACUGGCUGGCUCAAGACUGGGAGCGGUGCAACACUACCUGUGGGCGUGGUGUGAAAAAGCGGUUGGUUCUCUGCAUGGAGCUGGCCAAUGGGAAGCCUCAGAUGCGCAGUGGUCCUGAGUGUGGGCUGUCCAGGAAGCCCCCUGAGGAGAGCACAUGCUUUGAGAGACCUUGCUUCAAGUGGUACACCAGCCCCUGGUCAGAGUGCACCAAGACCUGCGGGGUAGGUGUGAGGAUGAGAGAUGUGAAGUGUUAUCAGGGAACCGACAUUGUCCGUGGAUGUGACCCGCUGGUGAAGCCUGUUGGCAGACAGGCCUGUGAUCUGCAGCCAUGUCCCACAGAGCCCCCAGAUGAUAGCUGCCAGGACCAGCCGGGCACCAACUGUGCACUGGCCAUCAAAGUGAACCUCUGCAGCCACUGGUACUACAGCAAAGCCUGCUGUCGCUCCUGCAGGCCUCCCCACUCCUAGCUGGUGCUGUAGCCCCUGAGUCCUGAGCACACUAUCCUGGGGCUCUCACUGGACACCCACUCUGCAGGAGGUCCUGGGCUGGGAAGAUGUGACACAGAGCACAGCUGACAAGAAGGGACUUUUGACACCGUGGCCUGUCUCUGCCUUGGGGAAGAGCCUCCAGUGCCCACAGGCCCCUUCUCAGAUGGAGCCACCCUGCUACCGGAAGAUGUCUGUGAACUCCCAGGAUCCUGUGUCUGUGUCCGCACUAGAGGGCCCAGAGUCCGGAACCCAGAGUAGGCAGUACCUGCCCAUUUUCCAGACCCUUCUCUGAGGUUGAAAAGCCCUCUCAAGGUGACUUGCGGAUGACCCAGGAAGGAAAGAAUCUUCCUUCUUUGGCUGCCUUGGGUGAGGCGGGGUCUUGCUUGGGUCAGCUGAGGAGCCCAGGCUGCCCUGUCUCUGGAAAUAUUGAAGUUACCCCACCCUAAGGCAUUAGUGCACUGUGCCUCCCCUCCUGGACUUCCUGUGCUGGAUGGAAGGGACAGCCUUGUUCUUGUGGUGUCCCUGCCACUCCCCUCACUACUCACUGGUGCAUGUUAAUAAAGUGGCUGUAUUUAUGGCA